AUGGAGGAGAAGGAGCUUAUCUUUUAUGGUCCUUUUUUUGGUGCACUAUUGAGGGUCAGAGACAGAAUUUCCCGGCUAGCUGACGGAGAGGAACUGAUUCAAUGGGAAGGGUCGAAUGAUGCAUCAAGAAGUAGGCUACGUCCUGUACCUUCACUUGAGUAUCUUUCCUUGCAAGCUCUUGCACAAAAUGCUGGGCAUAUAAUGUCACUUGGAUAUGCUCCUGAUUCCCUCGGAAGAAGACUCGGUUACAUGAUCUGCAAUCUCCGGAAAAUGGAUAUUCGCAUUUUUGAACUUUUUGUUGGGACAUACCAAAGAGAGAUACGUGUAAAGGACUGUUCUCUGUUGACAGGGGACCAGGUUUUGAAGACUCUUAGGAAUCUCAAUGAUCCAAAAAGUUUGAAAGUAAAAAACUUAAACUUGUCCAACUUCUUCCUUUUGAUACAUGUAGAACUGAUGUCUGGCGAAGUGCUUCAACUUGAACAAUGCACGCAAUUUGCAGCUGAUACGGUAAUAAAGAAAGCUUUAGCUUGGUAUUCAAAUAGCUUGCCCAGUCUUCGUGUCAUAUCUCUAGAAGGAGCAUGUCAAUUAUCCCCUACUGGGCUAAAAGCACUUGUCAUGUCAGCACCUGCACUAAGCUCUGUAAAUUUGAGCCAUUGCGCCCUUCUAACCAACGCUGGUAUUAAAAUUUUGGCCAAUUCUUUAAAAUCAACACUGAGGGAGCUCAACAUCAGCUACUGCCCAAAAAUAGAUGCAAUGGAUGUGCAUCUUUCAUUGAUGGAGUUGGAGCAUUUGGAAGCGUUGUCAGUUGCUGGAAUUUAUGCAGUCUGCGACAGAUUUGUUAGUUACAUAUUAUGUGCACUUGGGCAUAACAUAAAGAAGCUUGAUUUUGCUGAUUGUCCGAGUUUGACCAAGUAUGCUCUCCAACACAUUGCGCAUUACAGCAGGGGCUUACUGUCAUUAAACCUAUCAAACUUGGUUGGACUGCCAAAUAUGGGAUUGGAAUAUCUUGGUGAUGGUUGUAGACGAAUUGAAACACUUAAACUUUGCGCCAAUAGAUUCAGGUUUCUGAGAUUAGUUUUUAACGUUGUUGUUGUAAGGUUCAGUUAUUCUGAUAAGCUGGUCUGUGACUGUGCGAAGAGGGUACUGAGUGAUGACACAAUUGCUGCAUUUUUGGAAGCUUCUGGACAGUCUUUGAAGGAACUUUCUCUCAACCAUGUUAAGGAGUUAGUUGUGCAUACAAUGCACAAUAGAAUGCUUAGGCCUGAAAUAUCAGUUGGGGCUUACUUUAUUGCCAUUAAAGCAACAGAGCUUGCGAUGCUUCACAGGUUGGCUCCCAAACUGCCUAUUCCAUUGCCAAAUAUUCAACAAAUUUGUUGA